AUGUUUGUGAGCAAGCUACUGACUACAGACAUGGAACACAAAGAACUGCUCCACGCCGGAUCAACUCGAAACACUGAAUCUCAUGCACUUGUGCCUCAGGCAGGAAUGCACCCAUCUUCGGCAUGUAUCACCGUCUCGCACCGACUCAUCGGUACCUUCUUACCCCCUCUUGCUGCAUCCGAGCCUCCUGUACUGUCAGGCAAGUUUCAAUGUAACGACCUGCUCCCUCACCUUCCUGUGACCUCUCGCAGCACAUCCGAAACCCCCUACCCAUCUAGCGACCUCCUACAAAGCAUCCUCUCAUGA